GCGGCGGCGGCGCUGACAGCCCGCCCGGAGCCCCGGGGGCGGCCGCGGCCACCAUGUCGUCCCCCAGCCCGGGCAAGAGGCGGAUGGACACCGACGUGGUCAAGCUGAUCGAGAGCAAACACGAAGUCACAAUCUUAGGAGGACUCAACGAAUUUGUUGUGAAGUUUUAUGGACCACAAGGAACACCCUAUGAAGGUGGAGUAUGGAAAGUUAGAGUCGACCUUCCUGACAAAUACCCCUUCAAAUCCCCAUCUAUAGGAUUCAUGAAUAAAAUCUUCCAUCCCAACAUUGACGAAGCGUCAGGAACUGUAUGUCUAGAUGUAAUCAAUCAAACUUGGACAGCUCUCUACGAUCUCACCAAUAUUUUUGAGUCGUUCCUGCCCCAGCUGCUGGCCUAUCCCAACCCCAUAGAUCCUCUCAAUGGGGACGCUGCAGCCAUGUACCUCCACCGACCAGAAGAGUACAAACAGAAAAUUAAAGAAUACAUCCAGAAAUAUGCAACAGAAGAAGCACUAAAAGAGCAGGAAGAAGGCACCGGGGACAGCUCAUCCGAGAGCUCCAUGUCUGACUUCUCUGAAGAUGAGGCUCAGGACAUGGAGUUGUAGUAGAGGAGGCACCUGCUUUUCAGAGAGACUCUAAUUUCCUAACCAUGAGAAGCAGACUAUAAUAUUCAUAUUUAAACAAAGCAAUUUUUUUUAUUACUAAACAAGGUUUUUAUGAAUUCUAGCAUUGAGCUAUAUAUAUAUAUUUAUAUAUAUGUGUGUGUUUAUAUAUAAAUAUAUAUAUAUCACCCUUUAGGUCUUGAUUUUCUCGGUCAUGUCCCGGUUCCCGAGGUGCAUUAGAGCAUUCCCAACAUUCCAUUCUGGUAGCAAUAUGCAGGAUGCAUGCCUUGAGAUUUUCCAUUUGGCCAAGUCACCUUUGGUGUGCUACCAAACAGCUGCCCUGGGAGGGAGGGAAUUAGCAAAGAAAACCCAAAAUCCAAACAAAGGGUAGAAAAAAGAGAAGGAUUUGGUGUCGGCUCAAGGUUUCCACCUGAGGUGUUGGUGUUGCCACCUCAGGUGUUGGUGUUGCCACCUCAGAUGUUGGUGAUUCCACCUGAGGUGUUGGUGUUGCCACCUCAGGUGUUGGUGUUGCCACCUCAGAUGUUGGUGAUUCCACCUGAGGUGUUGGUGUUCCCACCUGAGGUGUUGGUGUUCCCACCUGAGGUGCUGGUGAUUCCACAUCAGAUGUUGGUGAUUCCACCUCAGAUGUUGGUGAUUCCACAUCAGAUGUUGGUGUUCCCACCUCAAAUGUUGGUGAUUCCACCUCAGAUGUUGGUGAUUCCACCUCAGAUGUUGGUGUUCCCACCUGAGGUGUUGGUGUUCCCACCUGAGGUGUUGGUGAUUCCACAUCAGAUGUUGGUGAUUCCACCUCAGAUGUUGGUGUUCCCACCUGAGACGUUGGUGUUCCCACCUCAGACGUUGGUGUUCCUACCUGAGGUGUUGGUGAUUCCACCUGAGACGUUGGUGUUCCCACCUGAGGUGUUGGUGAUUCCACCUGAGGCGUUGGUGUUCCCUCCAAGUCCAGCCCUCGGGGUGCAGGGGUUCAGGGGCUCCCCCGGGCUGUGUUUAGGGAAUGAGCCGGAGGGGCUGAGCCCAGAGCAGCCCCGAGCCGGGCGUGCAGCUCUGGGGCCCUGCAGAGCCUCCUGCUGGGGUUUCAGCCGUGGGUGCCCCUGCCCUCCCUCUGCUGCCCCCUCUGCAGAGGCUGGGCAUGCUCCUGCUCCCUGCCUGCGAGGGAAGAACCACCCAGAAGCACCACGGAUGAGGAGGAAGCUCCUGGAGCUGGGAUGCACCUGGAGCCCAGCUCCUCCUUCCUCUGCCCCUCUGGAACCUGCUGCCCUUCAUGGCUCCCGCUUGGCUUUGCCAUUUUUGGGGGUUUUUUUUUUCUUCCUUUCUUUUCCCCGCUCCCUCUUGUGCUGGAAGUGUGGUUCAGACACCUGACAGACGUGGCUGUGUCCUGGGAAUUCUCCUCUGACCAGAUGGAUUGGCCUUGCCAGAGCUGCAGCUCCACGGAAUUGUCCCGUUGGCCCAAGCCCACUAAUCCAUCGGCACCGAUUUGCAUUUUCCUUUUUGGGUUUUUUUUUUGGUCUCUUUUUAAAUCUUUCUUUCCUCCCCCCCUUCUGCACCAGCUUGGUUCCCAUCUGCUUGUGUGUGUGUACAACAGGAUAAAAAUUCCUUAAGAGUUAACAAAGAAAAAUAUCUAGGAAAAAAAAACCACACAAAAUUUGAGCUGAAUAAAAAAAAAAAAAAAAAAAAGCCUAAAAAGCACCAAUUGAGGAAGCAAAUGAAUUCACUCUUUGGUUUUUUGUUGGUUGGUUUGGUUUUCUUUUUUAGGUUUAUUUUUUUUGGUUUUUUGGGUUUUUUUCCAGGAUGUUUGGGAAUUGGAAUGUUGGAUUUCUCCUGGUGUCUUGCAGCAAACUGAGAGAUUUUUAAUUUUUUUUUUUUUUUUUGCUGUUGUUCCUAGAAAUCUGAUAAGUAAAUGUCUCCUUGGGAUACUUGAAUUGGGAUAAUUGUGCGUCGGAGCUUCAAGCUGAGAUGGAUUUUUAAAGCUGAAUGUUACCUGCUGUUUUCUUUUGGGGAUUUUUGGAGGGGUUUGGACAAGAUCUUUUCGUUUGUGAUGCGACCUGCAGGAAGAAAUCAACCCACCCUGAGCGACUCUGGAGCAGAGUGUUGAAUGUCAGACUGGUACAUUUGCCAUUUCCCCAGAAUUCUUGGCCUUUGUUUCCUUUUCCUUUGAGACUCCACCGAGCUGGGGCUGGCAGAGCCCACCCCACCUCUGAUUCAUAAAGCACAAUCAGUUCCUUUUAUUUCUGUUGCUUUUGGGGGAGAAAAACAAAAAAACUCCAUCAAGUCCCACUUGGCUUUGGCAUGAAUUUCCUUAAUAAAAAUCCUACCAUGAA